UGUAAUAAAUAAUUGUGUGCAAGAGUUAAGAACGUAUAUAUAUAUAUAUUUUUAGUAUAUAAUAAAAAAAUACACACGUAUUGAGAAUGAAUUAUAUGAUGCUUAACGAUGCUUAACGAAAAUUUGUUCAACUUUUUUUGUUUUAUCAUUUUGUGAAUUGUUAUUUUAUUUUUCAUUCUUUAUUAAUUUACCGUCAGCAAUGCUGUGAUAUUUUACAUUUGCUAGUAAUCGAUCAGAAAUAAUUAGUAGAUUGGAAAUAUAUUCAUUAUAAUUGCAAAUAAGAUGAUUAAUUUGAGGUACGAUGUUUAAUUUUACGAUGUUAAAGAAGGAAGCACGUAAAUUUGCAUUAAUGUUCAUUUAAUUGGAAUAAAAAUAAAAAAAAAAUGAAUAAAUGUGAAUAAUAAAAACGCGAACUAAUCCACAAAAUAUUUCACAUACUUAUAUCUGUUAGAUUAUUUUAAGAUAUCUGUUAUUUAAACUAAAUGUAAUCUUAUAAAUAAUAAAUGGUUUAUAAUAUUUUCCAUAAUGUUUAAUACAAUUUUUUGUCUUUUCUUUUUUAAGUGCAAUUAAAACAUCAUUUACUUAUUUCUGUUUACUCUGUUUAUUUUGUAAAAAUCUGUCGAUGUGUGUGUAUCUAUUUUAUAGAUAUAUAAAUUCAGUUGCUUGGAAACUAAAAAGCAAAACAUUACUGUUCUGUGAGAGUGAAGUCUUUAACUUAAUAGUUCAAUGUCUCAUGCGUUAUUUUUUACUUCUUUUUCUUUAAAAAAAAAAAAAAAACUUGUUAACAUAUAUUCUUCUCCAUAUGAUAUCUUGUCUUAUUUAUAUCGUUACGAAAAGAAUGUAUUAAUUAAUAUAAUUAUUGUGAACGAUACAUCAAUCAUUAUCGGGACACUUGUUUUAAGUGUUUUUAAAAGAGGUAGUUUUAUUGGCGAAAUUGAAGAAGAAUAAAUAAAAAUGGUGAAGAUCUAUAUUUAUAUAUAAAUUAUUUAUGUUGUUAAAAGUAAUUUUUGUUGAAUUUUUGUAAAAUUUGUAAAAUAUUUUUGAAAACAGGGACCAAAGAAAGCUAAGGGUAAAUCAGUAGAUACCGUUGACGGAGUGGACACGACAAAAAUGAACAGAGAACAGCUCGAGAUCUAUUCUCAUAAGAUUUUGGAAGAAUUGGAACGUGAAAGGGAGGAAAGAAAUUUUUUUCAAUUAGAAAGAGACAAAUUACGUACUUUUUGGGAAAUUUCGAGGCAUCAAUUGGACGAAGCACGCGCCAUUGUAAGGAACAAAGAACGAGAGAAGGAAGAACUAGAGGAAAAGCACGAAGCAGAAAUGAAAUUGUACAAACAAAAAGUUAAGCACUUGAUGUACGAACACCAAACUAAUUUGUCCGAAACAAAGGCGGACCAUUUGGUUGCUCUUAAAAUGGCGCAAGAUGAUCACGUAUCUCAAGAGAACGAGUUCAUUAGAGAUAAAAAGGAGUUAAAGAAAGCACAAAAGGAACUGGAAAUGACUCGUUUGAAUGAAAUUCAUGAAUUGAAACUUCACCAUGCUGAAGAAAUAAGUGACAUAAGAAAAAAAUUUGAAUCAGAAGCGAUAGAAUUGGAGCAAAAAUACGAGCAGAAAUUAACGAGUCAGUACGAAUCGUUGAUGUCAAAACAUCAAAUGGAAAUUACCGAAAUAGAGGAAAGAAAAAAUUUGCACAUUUUAACUUUAAUUAAAAAUCAUGAAAGUGCAUUUACGGAGAUGAAAACUUAUUACAAUGACAUUACUCUGAAUAACUUGUCGCUUAUUCAAAGUAUGAAGGAACAAAUGGAAGUAAUGAAAAACAACGAGGAUAGAAUGAAGAAACAAGUACGCGAAUUAACGAUGGAAAAUAAACAGUAUUCUACGGAAUUAAAUACUUUGCGAGAAAAAGUAGCCGACUAUACACGACAACUGGUUAAUUAUGAGAAAGAUAAGCAAUGCUUAUCCCACACAAAGAGAAGACUGUCAUUGGUUCUGAAGGAUUACGACAAUUUAAAAUGGGAGAACGAAGUAUUGGAAUUACGUUUUGACAAAUGUCAAUCGGAAAGAGACGAACUUUAUUCUAGAUUUGUAUCAGCUAUAUUGGAAUUGCAACAAAAGACUGGUCUAAAAAAUGUACUAUUAGAGAAAAAGUUAGAAAAGUUAUCGGAAUUGUUGGAACAACGCGAAGUACAAAUUAGCGAAGUUUUGGCUGCUGCUAAUAUAGAUCCCACAGCCGUCGUUAAUGUAAAUACGAAAUUGGAGGACAUGUUGAAUAGAAAAAAUACAGCGAUACAAGAUCUCCAGUAUGAAUUAGCUAAAGCUUGUAAAGCACACGACGAUUUAUUAUCGGUAUACGAAAGUAAAUUGCAAGAGUACGGAAUACCGAAAUCCGAAAUUGCAUUUCAACCGUUAAGGGCCAAAAUGGUUAAUACGUGGACAGGGUCGGGACAUGUUGUGGCGAGUUACGUUACGACGAAUCGAUAGAUAUAGAAAUAUAUGAGAGAAUUAGUUAAAUGAAUCAAUUUA